CCAAGGAGUGUGUGUGUAGUCUGUUAGGCGAUGCAUUGUGUGUUGCUGCUGUGUGUGUUGGUGGCGUGUGCUCUGGCCAAUCAGGGCCAGUUGUGUGCAAGGGGGCGGGACAAAGCACGCAGGAAACAGAAGGAAGGCCAAGCCCACAAGGACGGCCAGAGGGAAGGCACCAGCCAGACGGAAGGCAAAUCCAAUAGGCCGAUCACAAGAGAUGGCCCCGCCCACAAAGAUGGCCCCGCCCAGAUUACAGAGCUGCUCAACGCUACACUCACCAGCUCUGACGAGAACACAGGACCCCGCAAGGUUCCGGAGUUUGCGGGUCUGGACCCUCAGGGUUCCUGGAGGGACUUUGUGAACCGGCCGGAUGACACGCCAGCCCGACGAUGCCGCAACAAGAAGAGAACGCUGCCUGGGCCCCCUGGUCCUCCCGGCCCCCCCGGACCUAGGGGCCCCCCAGGACCAGCAGGAGGAGCCGUGGCUGUUAGCGACCAGCUGCUGCAAGAGUUCAAGCAGAUGAUCAGAGAGGCCACCCAGCGGAGGGAGUUGACGCAAGAGGGCGGGGUCAACCCUAGUCCCUCCCCCGGCCUGGUUACUAUGGGAGAUGGCGUUGCCGUGCGGCGUAUCCAGGAAGCAUUUCACGUCAAACUCAAGCAGCCAAUCACAGUGCAGAAGAAGGCCACUGCAGAGAUGCACAGCUAUCAGACGCCAAUAACAAAAGGGGGCUUCAUGAGAGGAGCGGGGCUUGACCUGUCGUCUGGACGCUUCAGUGCACCUGUGAGCGGAAUCUACCAGCUGUCAGCCAACAUGCACAUGCAGAGAGAAGGUGAGUCAAACAGACGAGGUCAGCUGAGGCAGCAGGAGAGUGUUCGUCUUCAAAUCUGCAUCCAGUCGCUCUGCAACACACACAUGUCUCUGGAGACAGUGGUCAGUAUGGAAGCCAGGGGGCAGCUGUUCAGUGUGUCUGUACACGGACUUCUGGAACUACAGGUGGGGCAGUACGUGUCUGUGUUCGUGUCCAGUGAGGCGUCUUCCCCCGUUAGUGUCCAGACAGGAUCAUCUUUCACUGGACUCCUACUGGGAUUCUAGAGGGAUAGGACCGUGUGUUUGUGUGUGUGUGUGUGUGUGUGUGUGUGUGUGUGUGUGUGUGUGUGUGUG